AUGGCAACUGUGGACACAACCUGCGGGGUGACUACAGGGACUCGGAGAUGUCUUGCAACGCGGGGUGGGUCUGAGGUACUGCGCAGGGCAGCAAGUGGUAGAGCCCGUUGGCGAAGAAGUGCGGGCCAUCCCCUGGUGUUUGCGAGCGCUGAAGACGACGCCGGACGCGCGUCCACAGUGUCCAAGACGGCCCUGCGCAAACUGAAGAAGGCUGAACUUGCAAGCCAACUGUUGGAUUAUGGUCUGGACAAUGAGGGAACCAGACCUCAACUGUUGCAAAGACUUCUGGAGCAUCUCAAAGCCACAGAUGGGGCAGACAGCCUCAUCACGGACAAGCCAGGCAGUGCAUCCUUGGACAAGGGGGAAAUGCAUGCACAGAAGUUGCGCAGAUUGUACAAGAAGGAGCUGGUGGAGAUCUGCAGGACCUCGGGCCUACCUACUGCAGGAACAAAAGCAACACUCAUUGCAAGGAUCUUGAAGCACCCUGAGCAAAUCCACCAACCCAGAUUGGAGGCUGUACCUGCUGAAGCUAUGGGGCAGGCAGAUUAUCCCAUGGAGCAAGAUGACACUGAUGAGUUUGUCACAGAGGAAGAAUACAAUGCCCAGAGGGAAGAAGUGCAAGCAGAACUCCUGCAGAAGACCAAAGUUCAACUGCAGCAGAUGUGCAAGAACCAAGGGCUGAAGAUGAGUGCAAGAACAAAAAUGGAACUUGUGGAGCGCAUACUUCAGGCACUGGAUGAAUAUUCUGGAAAAGAGGUGCUGAAGGAGAGUGUGCUGGAGGCAACCAGCAGAAUGCCCAAGGCCAUUGUACAGACUGAGGUCCCUCUCAGAGUUCCUUUAGGAGACAGUGAGAAUAUCGCACGAAUCAAAGGCUUCAGAGACAAUGCAAAAGGGUUUGCUUCUGAGAUAGAUAGCAUUUUAGAGGAGAUGCGUGGAACAUAUGGCAAGUACUUGCCAGCUGAUGGAUUUCUAGAGAGAGAGCUACCAUAUACAGCAGGUGUGGGUGCUCUAGAAGAGCCGACUGUCGAUGACCUUAAAGCAUUAGAAAAUGAGGCGGCCCUGCAGGAGUGCUUGUCAAGCUCGGCAGACUUGCUAAAGCAGGAUGGUGGAAGCCCCGGACAGCAAUGGGCUGGCCCCACUACAGAGAAAGAGCAGGAAGUUCCAGCGGCUGGAGCACAGCUGUCAAGAGACGCAAUCUCUGUGGGGAAUGAGCAUGGUGGAGGAGAGGUGGCGAACCACUUGGAUAAUGACAAGAACGGUGUUGAGGACGAUGAACUGGGUGAAGGCACAUUGAGGGAUUCACUAGAGGUUGAUGUUGAGAGAUGUGGCGAAGUUGCAAGGUUGGUUGAUGAGGCUCUGGAACAGUCCAGGAAGCCAGUUCAAGAGAAUGGUGCAGAUUUUGAGCAAGAGGAGGAACCUGUAUUGGCAACAGGGAUUGGAUAUGGGCCUGAUCUACAUGCUCCAAGUCCGCAUCAGGCAUUGAAGCCCACUCGAUCUGACUCAUGCACAGGAGACCAUGAUUUCAUUGAGACAAUAGCAUCUGCUCCUCCACCUGAGCUGGUGGAUAUUGGUGCCAGUGGUGCGUCAUCUGUUGGUGAUGGAGCUCUUCCUGCUAUGGGAGAAUCUGAGGCUCAGAAUUCUAAUCCUAUUGGGAUGCCAGAAUCCAAUGCUUCUGAGCCAACGGGUGAGCCAGGGAAUGGUGAUGCUUCACAUGGAGCUCUGAAUGCAGUGACCACUGAGGAGGAGGCGAAACCACCAGACGACUCGAUCCCUGAAGCUGAAGCUGUUCCAGACAGCACAAUGACUGGAACAAUUCUCGAGAAGAUUGAAGCCCGGAAAGCAGCAUUGGCGCAAGUGCAGGAACGCGUUGGGGCAGCCAACUCGUCACAGGAGUCGACUGUGGCUCAAAUGGGGCGACUUCUAGAAAUGGCGGAGGACUUGAAGGCUGAGAGGUCAGAUUGGCAGAAGAGGAUGCAAAGAAAGGUGGAAUCUCUGACAGAAGUUGCUGAGAGAAUGCAUGAAACUGAGAAGACAAAGAUGACUCUGGCAGCAGAUUUGGACGAACUGGAGAACCAACUAGAAGAUCUUGAGAACGAUGCGGAGAAAAAGAAAAAAGAGGCAGAGAAGUUGAGAGUUGCGAUCAGCAGCCCAAGUCCAAUUGAAGAGGACGACCCACACAGUGCAAGUGCUGCAAAGGAAAGUGCCAACAGUCAUGGAGCAGUGCACGCGUCGCCAGGUGCAGCAAUGGCUGCAGGUGUGCUAGGAUUCGUGGACAUGUUGGUCAGGAUAAGUCAGAAUGCACGAAAGAAAGGAGAGGAAAAGAAAGGGCCUGAAUGA